ACCACGCCCACUUAUUUCCGCACGGUGGACGACAAGUCCUGUUCUACAUGCUACAUGUGUCCGAAGCAGAAACUUUGCCCGUGCCCGUAGUUUUAGUAACGUAAGUAGCUGUUAGCAACAAUGUGCUUGUGUUUGAUUUGAAGCACUUUAAGGCAAAGUGACAGGGUGGCAACGAUCGGGCACCGCCGCCGACAUUAGCUGGUUAUGCUAAGUGCUAACGCUACACCUUUGUAAGGAUGAAGACCAGUAACCAAAACAGCGUCAUGAGCAUUUUUGAAGAACAAAAUGUGGUGAAAAUGUGUGCGCCGAUGGUUCGUUACUCUAAACUCGCUUUCAGGUCGUUGGUAAGGAAGUACAACUGUGACAUUUGCUUCACUCCAAUGAUAGUUGCAUCUGACUUUGUGCGAUCCAUCAAAGCCAGAGACAGUGAAUUCACCACAAAUGAGUGUGACAGACCUCUGAUUGUACAGUUUGCUGCCCACGACUCUCAGACUCUGGUUGAUGCAACGUGCGCUGUUGCGCCUUUCUCAGAUGGAGUUGACCUGAACUGUGGAUGUCCCCAGAGAUGGGCCAUGUCUGCUGGAUAUGGCGCUUGCCUUAUCAACAAGCCAGAACUGGUUAAAGACAUGAUCAGACAUGUCAAGAACCAAGUGGCCAAUCCAAACUAUACAACGUCCAUUAAAAUAAGAAUUCACAACGACUUGAGGAAGACGGUAGACUUGUGCCAGAAGAUGGAGUCAGCAGGUGUAUCGUGGAUAACAGUGCACGGUCGUACGUCGGAGGAGCGUCACCAGCCAGUUCACUACGACGCCAUAAAGACAAUCAAAGACAGCGUGUCCAUUCCGGUUAUUGCCAACGGGGACAUCAAGUACCCACGCGAUGUGGAAUCUAUUCACCAGCUCACUGGUGUUGAUGGUGAACCCUUUUUUAUGACGCUACAAUGGACGGCUGUGGCCCUCUUCCUCUAUAUGGAGAUAGGCGUCCUUGUCAUCCUCUGCCUGCCCUUCAUCUCAGCUAAGAGGUGGCAAACAAUUUUAAAUUUGAGGAUCUGGAGCCCAGUUGCCCGCUUUUGGAACAAAGUCUUUCUUACAAUGAUUAUCAUACUUAUUGUCCUUUUCCUUGAUGCUGUCCGCGAGGUGAGAAAGUACUCUGUUAAAAAUCUCGGCACGGAUGCCAAACUGCUACCCAACAUGCAUGACCACAUGCACAUGAAGCUUUUCCGUGCCCAGCGUAACCUCUACAUCUCGGGCUUCGCUGUCUUCCUCUGGCUGGUUAUGAAGCGAGUGAUCACCUUGAUUAAUCAACUGGCUUCAGUAUCUGGGACAACUGCUGCACUGCAGGCGCAGGCUGACACUGCAAACAAAACUUCCAAAAAGUACAUGGAAGACAACGAGCUGCUUAAGAAGACUCUGAUGGAAGGCUCAGGAGAUGCAGCAACUGCAGAGGGCAUGGAGCUGUUGAAGAAAGAGGUGGAGAAACUGAAAGAAGAACUAAAGGCUUCAGAAGACGUACUGAAGAAGUCUGAGUGCGAUGCAGUUGCAUUGAAGAAACAAACGGACAGCCUUGCCAAAGAGUAUGACAAACUGCUUCAAGAACAUCAGGUGCUUCAGAAUGCUCAAAGUCCUGUAAACAAAAAGGAAGACUAACCUUUGGGAGAAAUUCUCCAUACAACUCCUUGUGACGCCGCGCAAAUGACACACAAAGCACAUACAAGUUUUUAAU